ACUAAAACAUGGCGUCCGAUAAGGAGAAAAGAUAUGACCGCCAGCUUCGCUUGUGGGGCGAUGAUGGACAAGCGGCUCUGGAAUCAGCUCACGUGUGUCUCAUAAAUGCUUCACCAGUCGGAACAGAAAUUCUUAAAAACCUUGUUCUACCAGGAAUAGGAAAAAUUACAAUAGUGGACGAUUCUCUCGUGGCAUCACGUGACCUGGGUGAGAGUUUCUUUUUGUCAGCUGACUCCAUUGGUACCAAUAGGGGCGUGGCUACUGCUACUAAUAUAUCAGAGUUAAACGAUAGCGUUAGCAUCAAUACGUGUUCAGAAUCACUAACAGUGAUUUUACAGUCGUCGUCCGAUUAUUUUAAUCAAUUUAGUAUCAUCAUAGCAACCGAGGUCCAGUCCGACACCUUGCUAGAACUUGCCGAGUUGCUAUGGCGACAGCACAUCCCAUUGUUGAUAGCACGAUCGUAUGGACUGAUUGGCGUCCUUAGGCUAGUCACAGAAACGCACGAGAUUGUUCAAUCUCAUCCUGACAACUAUCACGAGGAUUUGAGACUUGACGCACCUUUCACUGAUCUGAUCAAUAUCACUGAUUCCGUUGAUCUUGAAUCACUUGAUAACGCGGAACAUGCCAACGUACCUUAUCUAUUAAUAAUAUACAAAUACUUGGAAUCAUGGAAGAGGAAUCAUGAUAAUAGGAUUCCUGCUAAUUAUAGAGAAAAGAAAGAAUUUAAAGAAUUAGUUCGUUCUGGUAUAAGAACAAAUGACGAUGGAGUUCCACUAGACGAAGAAAAUUUUCAAGAAGCUAUUGAUAAUGUGAACAGUGUCCUAGUACCAACUACUGUACCAGGAGCAGUUCAGGAUAUUAUUAGUCAUUCGUAUUGUUUAAACGUCUCACAUCUUUCAUCUAAUUAUUGGCUCCUGUGUUCAGCUUUGAAAGAGUUUAUAGCUAACGAAGGUUCUCUCCCUGUACGUGGUUCUAUACCCGACAUGAUUGCUUCUUCUCAGCGCUAUAUCGAUCUACAACGCGUCUAUCAAAAGAAAUCUCAAUCAGAUAUCAAUACCUUUACUUCGUAUCUGAACCAAGUCUUGGUAUCAGUUGGGAAAGCCCCAGGGUCAAUCCCGAAUAAAGAUAUCAAGUUAUUCUGUCGCAAUUCGUCUUUUCUUAGACUAGUCCAGACCCGAUCCCUCUCUCAGGAAUACAACGAACCAAACGUUGACGAAUUAUCAAAUGCCCUCUCUGACUCAGACAGUCUAUUAUCCUACUACAUUCUGCUACGAGCAGUCGACUUGUUUUAUAACAAAUACAAAUAUUACCCUGGUACCACUGGGGAUUCUUUCGACUCCGAUUGCGCCCAAUUAAAGUCCUUUUUAUCCUCCUUAUUAGACGAAUGGGGCCUAAACACGUCUUCUGCGGAGAGUAUUGACGACAAGUUGACUGAGAUUUGUCGCUAUGGAGGAGGGAGUGUACAUUCUAUUGCGGCUUAUAUGGGAGGCGUGGCCUCGCAGGAAGUGAUUAAAGUUAUUACGCGUCAAUACGUGCCUAUUAAUAAUACUUAUAUUUAUAGUGGAGUUAAUUCAACAUCGGUGACAGUGGCUUUAUAAUUAAUUGAAGCAUGGUUUAAUUUGUUUCUCUGAAUUAUUAAUUUGUUGUGUUUUUGAUAUUAAUAAUAAUUAUUAUUGAUUGUGUUUGUGUAGGUUUUUUAGUAAUUUAAAAGUGAUUUUUUUUCAAGCUCA